AUGAAGUUCUCUCUUGGUCCCAUCCUCCUCGGCCUGGCUGCCAUUACAGGCGUCACAGCCUCGCCUGUGCCAGCCUCUGAUGCUGCCACCUUCAACGACAACGUCGCCAGAGCUCCUCAUGCACCUGCUGUGCCUGAUGAUUUUGAGCAGACUGCCAACGUUGAGACGAACGAAGUCGCCAUCGUCCCUCGCGACGUGAGCGAUGAAGCAGCUUCAGGCUUAUCCAAGAGAGCCAUCAACAAGUUUUUCAAGAUCCACGUCGUCAAUGCAGCCGGCAGAGUCCUGGGCAUCAUUGUCAUCGACUACGUGAUCAACCAACUUCCCGGCAACCAUGAGGGUAUCAACGCCUUCUACGACAAACUCACAAACGUCAAGGUCAACGGUGAGAUUGUCGCUACACAUUUUGAGAAUGCCGAGAAUCCCUUCAAGACCGCACAGAAUGUAGUUUUUGACUUCAGCACUAAAGUAGUUUCUGGUGUCAUUGACCUGGGUCUUGAUGCGGGCGGAACCGCUCUUAAGGUUGUUGGCACUUCGGGUAUUGAACUGGGCAACCUUGUUGUCGCAAAGGUGCUCCAUAUCUUUAACGAUCAGAACAAGAAGAUUGGAAGCGUGGCUGUUUAA